GAGCCGACGGUCGACGAUCGACGGUCAUCAGGAAGACGGUAUUCACGGUGUGCGCGCACACAGCAUCUUGCUGAGUCUUCGAGUAAAUAAAUGCAAGUUUUUGAGUAAUGCAGGGCAUGAUGCCAGUUAAGACAAAAUCACGUGUUACUGAAAAUAUGGGGGUCACAGGUGGACUGGUAGAUGCCCGUGCCAAGCAAGUUUUAAGAGAGGCUGUAGAUGCAGUUGUUAAUAGCUUUGCAAAACAUAGUCAAGGUUAUGGCAGAGUAAAUGUCGUAGAAGCAUUGCAAGAAUUUUGGCAGAUGAAACAAGCUAGAGGAACAGAAUUGAGAAAUGGUGCAUUAGUUAUUUAUGAAUCUGUUCCUGGUGCCAAUCCACCUUACGUUUGUUAUGUAACACUUCCUGGAGGAUCGUGUUUUGGGAGUUUUCAAAAUUGUCCCACAAAGGCGGAAGCACGUAGAUCGGCUGCAAAAAUUGCACUGAUGAAUUCUGUAUUCAAUGAACAUCCAUCGCGAAAAAUUACUGACGAUUUUAUUGAAAAAGCUGUUGCAGAGGCAAGGGCUAGUUUUGCCAAACCUUCAGCAACGUCCAAUGGAGUUGGUAGCCAAGCACAAGGAAGCAGUGAUGAGAAAGAAGAUCCAAAUACAGGUAUAGGUGCGUUCCGUUUUAUGUUGGAAUGCAAUCGUGGAAGAACAAUGUUGGAAUUCCAAGAGUUAAUGACAGUCUUUCAAUUGCUUCAUUGGAAUGGCUCUUUAAAAGCCAUGAGAGAGAGGCAGUGCAGCAGGCAGGAAGUAGUCGCGCAUUAUAGUCAUCGGGCAUUAGAUGACGAUAUGCGUAGCCAAAUGGCAUUAGACUGGGUUGCUAGAGAACACGAAAGUGGUGGUGGGAUCGUGGCAAUGGAAUUGGCCUUAGCUGAGCGUGAACUUGAAACUGCGCGAUUAGCGGGACGAGAACUUAGAUUUCCAAAAGAAAAGAAAGAUAUACUGAUGCUUGCACAUGCGCAGCUGCUAAAAGUAGACUUGCCAUAGAACACGCUUGACCCACACACCAUGUAGAAAUAGGCGG